AUGGCGAUGGCGCUCCUCGCCGUCGCGCCGGCGCGACCGCGCGCGUUCGCGCGGUCCAGCGGAAUCGCGCCCCCGCUCGGCGCGGUCCCCGCCGGCGGCGAAUCGCGGCGAUUCGCGCCGUCCUCGUCGCGCGCGUCGUCUCUCGUCGUCCGCGCGGAGUACGGCGAGCGGCGCUACGGCGGCGGUCGCGCGGGAGAAGGCGGCCGGCGACGCGACGACCGAGACCGAGACCGCGGCGUAUACGGCGGCGGCGGCGCGGGCCUGCGCGUGAACGAGUUCGGGGACGAGUACGAAACCUCGGGCGAGCGCGGCGCGCGCCGACCGCGCGCGCCGCCGCCUCGGUACCACCGCGACGACGACGACGACGCGCCGCGCGGCCGCCGCGACGACCGCCACCGCUACGACGACGACCGAGACUUCGACCGACGGUCGAGGCGAGCGGACGACCGCGGGAGCGCGCGCGCGUUUCGAGGCGGCGGCGGCGGCGACGACGACGACGACCGCUUCGUCGAGGAGGUGCUCCCGUGCUCCGGGAAAGAGCCCGGCCGCGUCAUCGGCAAAGGCGGCGCGACGAUCGACAGAAUACAGAACGAGACCGGCGCGCGGAUAGACGUGUUACGAGACGAGGAGGAGUGCAGGAUCACCGGCGGCGCGGCGUCCGUCGCGGCGGCGCUGAAGGCGGUCAAGCUCGUGAUGGCGCGCGGCGACGGCCCGAGCGAUCCGAGCUCCGGAUCCGCGUUUCGAGACGAAUUCGGCGACGACGCGCGGUACGCCGCCGUGGAGAUCAUCCCGUGCGUGGGCGUCGGCCCUGGAAGGGUCAUCGGCAAGCGCGGCGCGACGGUGAUGCGCAUACAGGACGAGACCGGGGCUCGGAUCGAAGUCAAAGCCGAGGACGGGCAGUGCUUCGUGAGCGGGACGCGGGAGCAAGUCGAUCGCGCGACGGUCGCGGUGCGACGCAUCAUCGAAGAAGGCGACGGGUACGAGCCCGUGCAGCGCGCGUCGAGGAACUUUGACUACGACGGCGACUGGGGCGACGAGAGGCUGGGCGGGAGCCGAGACCGCGGGGAGUGGAUCGAGGAGAUCAUACCGUGCCGUAGCGCGCUCGCCGUCGGUCGCGUCAUCGGCAAACGCGGCACCACCGUCUCUCGGAUCGAAUCCGAGACGGGCGCGAAGAUCCAAGUCGACCAGCGCAUGCUCGAGUGCGUCGUGAGCGGGUACCCGGAGGCGGUCGCCGCGGCGUCGAGACAGGUGAAGCAGGUCAUGGUCGAGGGAUUCGGCGGCGCCGUGGAGCGCGUCGAGUGCACGGGGAUGGAAGGGUUGAUCAUCGGACCGGGGGGCGCGCGCGUGCGAAGGAUACGCACGGAGAGUAAGGCGCGAGUCGACGUGCAGAAGAUCAGCGAGCACGCGUCCGAGUGCGUCAUCAAGGGGGAUCCGGACGCGGUCAGGAUCGCGGUCGGGAUGGUCACGGAGCUGAUGGAGGAGGAGCGCCGGGUGAACGAGAGGCGGCGGGGCGGCGGCGGAUGGGAGCGCGAGUUUGAGUACGAUCGCGAGUACGACGACCGGCCGCCGCGAUCGCGGCGGGAGUCGUGGGGGGAGGAGAUUCGACGCGAGGGCGGCGGAGACCGCGGCGGGAGGAGGUUCGGGGAGUACGGUCGUUGA